AUGCCGGCGCCGUCCAACACCACGGCCCUGGAGCUGCUCCUCUCCAAGCUGCUCCAGGACCACCUGGAGCGGGGCAACAGCUCUGCCCCCGCCCCGGUGAGGGGUGUUGGCAGCAGCCUGGAGAUCCUCUACGUGCUGCUCAUGCUGGGGCUCUUCGGCUUCUUCACCGUGGGGGUGCUGGUGACCAACCUGCGCUCGCGCGGCCCCGCCGGCGCCCCCGACCCCUUCGACACCUACAUCGCCUCGGACCUGUGGAGCAGGAAGGACAGGGAGCUCCUCCAGGCCAAGGUGCUGGAGAGCUACAAGCUGUGCUGCGUCCUGGAGAACCGGCUGGCCCCGGAGCGGCCGGCGGCGCAGAUCCCCGAGGAGAAGUGUUCCUAAGGGUUGG